AUGUCAAAACUCACCUUCGCAAUCGUCGCUGCUGGCAGUGCAGCAGCCGGCGCAGCGGCGACGGCGGUACUGUACUCGGGGAAGAAGGAGAGCUUUGCGUCGACACCAUCUGUUACCACAACCACAACCACGGUAACUGGUCGCGCGGGAUCUGGAGUAGGAUCCUCUGUUCCUGUAAUUCCCUCACCCGCGGCUACAGUCCGAAGUCCUCUUGUAGACCCCAACGGCCUCUUCCAAUAUGGCUUCCCAGGCCCGGUCAACGACCUCCGCCCCGCCGCCUCGCUCACAUCAUCCUACGAUCGACGAACGCGAAAUCCAUCAUGGGUUGCCGAGCACAUUACGCCCGAGUCGCUAGCACAAAACAAAGCCGACCGAAAGCACAGCGUCUUCGUCGAGGAUAUCACAAUUCCGGAAAUGUUCCGUGCAAAGCUCAAGGACUACUUCCGAAGUGGUUAUGACCGAGGUCACCAAGUGCCCGCUGCAGAUGCAAAGUGGAGUCAGGAAGCCAUGGACGCUACUUUUGCGCUGAGCAACAUGUGCCCCCAAGUAGGCGAUGGCUUCAACCGUGACUACUGGGCACACUUUGAAGACUUCUGCCGCAGACUCACGCACUCGUACCCCUCUGUGCGCGUCGUGACUGGACCUCUAUAUCUCCCCAAGCGCGAGGCCGACGGCAAAUGGCGCGUCUCGUACGAAGUCAUUGGCUCACCACCCAACGUCGCCGUACCCACACACUUCUACAAGGUUAUAUUCGCCGAAGAUGGAAAGCUGGGCGGCAAGGUAGCAUUGGGUGCCUUUGUACUGCCAAAUGCCGUCAUUCCGAGCCACAAGCCCUUGACAGACUUUGAGGUACCGCUAGAGGCCGUAGAGAGGGCGAGUGGACUGGAGUUUGCGACCAAGUUGAGCCCGGAGAGGAGGAAGAGGCUGUGCCAAGAGGUCAAUUGCAGUGUCUUUGUUAGGGAAUUUGCCCAGAAGCAGAAGUCGGCGGGUAAGAUGUAA